CGUAGACGUCGUGAGCGAAGCCGCCCGUUGCCUAGGAGCUGGCUAGACGCCGCCGGGCUUCCACUGCGGGGAGGAGGCCGGCCGCGGGCUUGGGUCACCAUGUCUGUGUUGGACGUGCUGUGGGAGGACCGGGACGUCCGCUUCGACGUCUCCUCGCAACAAAUGAAAACAAGACCUGGUGAAGUCCUUAUUGAUUGUUUAGAUUCAAUUGAAGAUACCAAAGGAAAUAAUGGGGAUAGGGGGAGACUUUUAGUCACUAAUUUAAGAAUCAUCUGGCAUUCGUUGGCAUUGCCCAGAGUCAACCUUUCUAUUGGUUACAACUGCAUAUUGAAUAUUACAACAAGGACUGCUAACUCUAAAUUACGAGGCCAGACUGAAGCUCUUUAUAUACUAACAAAGUGUAACACUACUCGCUUUGAAUUUAUAUUUACCAAUUUGGUUUCUGGAAGUCCUAGGCUUUUUACUUCUGUGAUUGCAGUACACAGAGCGUAUGAAACUUCUAAGAUGUAUCGUGAUUUUAAAUUGAGAAGUGCACUGAUUCGCAACAAGCAGCUAAGAUUAUUACCGCAAGAGCACGUGUGUGAUAAAAUCAGCGGAGUGUGGAAUUUGUCCAGCGAUCAGGGAAAUUUAGGGACGUUUUUUGUUACCAAUGUGAGAAUCGUGUGGCAUGCAGAUAUGAAUGACAGCUUCAACGUCAGUAUCCCCUACCUGCAGAUCCGUUCAAUAAAGAUUCGAGAUUCAAAAUUUGGUUUAGCUCUUGUCAUAGAAAGCUCUCAGCAGAGUGGAGGAUACGUUCUUGGCUUUAAAAUAGAUCCUGUGGAAAAGCUACAGGAGUCAGUGAAGGAAAUCAAUUCACUUCACAAAGUCUACUCUGCCAAUCCUAUAUUUGGAGUGGAUUAUGAAAUGGAAGAAAAGCCACAGCCCCUUGAAGCUCUGACAGUUGAACAAAUUCAAGAUGAUGUAGAAAUAGACUCUGACGAUCACACGGAUGCUUUUGUGGCUUAUUUUGCCGACGGCAACAAGCAACAAGACCGGGAGCCCGUGUUUUCAGAAGAACUGGGGCUGGCAAUAGAGAAACUGAAGGAUGGAUUCACACUCCAGGGACUUUGGGAAGUGACAGGUUGAUCUUGAGCUGAACUGGAUUUCUAUGUAGAGCUGUCUGGAGAUUAAAGAUAGUAGUCGCCUGCCAUGAGGCGUGGGGUAUUCUUUAUAUUUACAGCUUUUAGAGCUAAAGCUUUUACCAAAGACAUUUUUAACAAUCGAGGAAAAAUUCAUUUUAAGAACUAUUUUCUAAAAAUUAUACUUAAAAUUAUAAUUCAAAUGUAUGUAGUUUGUAAAUGUUUAUUCUUUAUCUGAAAGUUGUAAAGUACUAGUUUUCAGACAUUAAAUAACUGUACUAUGUUGGAUUUAAUAAAGAAUUUAUGCAGCACCAUUUAAUGUUUUGAAAGUAUUAUUUGAAAUAAGACUUCUUAUGGAAUAAGCAAAAUACUCCUUUCUUCAUUAUAAAAGUGUGGUUUGAAUACAUUAUCACAUAUCUUCAAAUGUAAGCCAGCUCACACAAACUUCAGUCACUAUUAGGUGAUCAUUUUUGUAGAAGUUAUAACUAUAGUAUAUAUCAAUCCCUCUGUAAUGUUUUGGAUGCUAGUUUGUAAGUAGCUUCAAUAUAAUUUUGGCAAGAAUACACUUAUUUUGUAAAGAAAUACACCUUUUUUAUUGGUUUUCUCCUUGUUUGUAUUUAAUGUAACUUCUUUGACAUUUUCAAAAAUAAUAAAUAUAUUCGUUUUCUGAUUUCUUAA